GGCUCUCUCGCACGCAUCUUGGCACUCGAUGUUCUCGCGAUCUCGAGCGGCUCCAUCGUUCCCCUAGCGCAUGAAUUCUUCGCAGACCCGCUUCCUGCAGGGCAACGCCUAGCUCGCCUCGCCUCUGCUCUCAGGUACCAGAUCCAGAGCGACCCCUAGAAAUCGUCGACCAUCCACGGGCACGCCGCCAUGCACCCCUCUCCGGCCAUGCACCGCCAUACGCGCUCCGACACGGGCGACGUGUCGUCGCGCUCGAGCAGGACGCCCAGCUUCAGCAGCGACCGGCCCUCGGUCGCGUCGUCGGUGACGUUCCAGAUGCCGUCGACGGUGCGCCCGGCCGCCGCCUACAUUGCCGCCUCGGUGGCCUCGCAGAUGGUCACCGACCACGUCAACGCGCAGCUGCGCCACGAGGACGCCGACAGCGAGGAGCUGGAGAACGCCGUCUUCUCCGAGCCCGCGCUGGCCCUGCUCAAUGCCUUCCUCGACCACCUGCUGUUCGCCCUGCUCUCGGCGGCGCGCUCGUCGUCGCUCGCCGCCGUGCGGCCCGCCAUUGCCGACGUGCUCAAGCCGCGCCUGGCCCGCGACGCCAUCGAGGCGGCCGACGAGGAGCUGCGGGGGCUGCUGACGGGCGAGGAGGACGACGAGGACAUGUCGACCCCCCACGGGCGCACCGCCGACCGCUGGGACGUGGAGAAGGUGUGGAAGCGCACCCGGCUGCGCGUCAUGGUCUACACGCGCCUGGGCGAGCUCGAGGACGAGGACGAGGACCGCUACGUGCAGCAGGAGCGCGGCCUCAGCAUGGACGACGACGACGACGACGACACGGGCCUGGUCUCGUGGGCCGCCGCUAUCUUCCUGACCUCGGUCGUCGAGUACGUGGCCGAGCAGACGCUGCUGGUCGCCGCCCAGGCCGCCUUUGCCCGCACCGCCGCCAAGCUGCACAAGCUCGCCCAGCACGCCACCGGCGACGACGCCCCGUCCUUCGAGCGCCUGGUCAUCGAGGAGCCCGACGUGGAGAAGAUUGCCCUCAACGCCGCCCUGGGCCGCCUGUGGCGCACCUGGCGGAAGCGCGUCCGCUCGCCGCUCGCCGCGCCCCCGUCGGCGCGGGGCGUGGGCCCUCUGUCCAGCGCCCACAGCCUGCACCGCCGCCAGGCCAGCGACAGCACCCUCUCGUCGCUGCCCCACAGCCGCUCCUUCGACUCGGCACACACGCCCACGGAGACGCAGAUUGCCGCCAACAUCCCGCUGCCCCAGCGCGACAACGACGUCGACGAGAUCGAGGUGCCCGGUCUGGCGCGCACCUACGACGACACCGAGAGCUCCGGCACGCACACGCCCACAGCCCGUCCCCAGCGCCCGAUGAGCGUCAUCAUGCUGGCCUCUGUCGACAGUUUUCGACGCAGACUCCACCCCGGUCGCCCGCUGUCCAUGCCCAUACCAGAGACAGGCCCCUACUCGCCGCUCUUGCCCGCCACGGCCCCAGAACCGGAGACGCCCUUUGAGACGCCCAUGACGACCAUGCACGACCGCGACUCCUACAUCGGCGCCGACGAGCUCGACGGCGCAUCCCAGCCGAGGAGAGUCGACGAGAGCGACUCCGAGUCAGACGCCGAUAUGGUCGCCUUUGCUGCCUCGACCGGCAUGGGCCUCCGCAUGAGCACAGUCGGCCCCAUCAGGACAUCGCGGUUCGAGAACGUCGAAGAAGAGCCUGAAACCACGUCAGGCGGCUACGAGAGCGAACCCAAGAUCAUGCAUUCCCAGAGGAUGUCAGUCGAGAAGCUGGGGUCGCCCGGACUAGUGCGCACCUUCUCUGCCCGGAGCUCUGCUCUAAAGUCGCCCCGAGAAACACCCGUAGCUACGCCAAUCGCGUCCCCGCACGAAGGCCGUUCGUACCUGUAUGAUUCACAGUCCGACGACGAGGUCGACCAACCCCGAGACACUGGCAUUGCACGCACGUCGAAUGCUCCUGUGGAUCACGCUGCCGACAAGGGCAAACAUGCUGCGAACGGAGGAUAUGUAGAGGCUCAGCCCCGUCAAGCCUCUUCGUCCUCAACGUCUGCCCGCAACACGCCUACGCCUACGCGUUCGCUCAUGAGAAAUCGUUCGAGCCACGAAAGUCCGGACGCUGCCAGCCCACCCCAUGACCUGGUCUUGACUGAGCCAAGGUCUCGUGGCGCACCACUGCCUGCGCUGCAAGAGGGAGAGCAGCAGACAAACAAGGCGCAUCAGAGAGUUGGCUCUGAAAACGCUCAGCGAAGGAGUGCGCACUUUGGGAACCCCAAGCGCAAUCCAUCCUAUCGCUCUCUUGAGGCUCCCAUCUCCGUCGCUGAACGUCAAAUGCAACGCAGUCCUGUCGAGCACACAGCGCGCUCCAGGCCCUCCUCGCACAGGUCGUCUUCCGAUAUAUCUACUACCCAGCAAGGUGCAUCGUCUUCCCCCACGACGAAGAGGCCAGGUAGUUUCACUACUAUGCAUAACGACAUUGAAACCGCCAGUCAACGGUCACUCUCGCGCAAUCUUGGCGAGCGCAUGUCAGAAUCAGACCGUGAGCGUCAGUUCGACUCGCUGGUCAAGGGAAAGGAGACAGUCAAGUACACGAUUACGCCUGCGAAUAUGCGGGAUCCUGAAUCGCCCGUUGUGCAGAAAGUAGAGCCGAGCCUACAUGCUACAUCGCCUGUCACUGGCUUUCCCCGGCUUAGCACUGACAGAGACAGCUCCUUUUCCGCAGACAGGUCACCAGCCAGGACUGCGUCGCGAAACAAGGGUCCAACAGCUGCUCAUCACAGACCUUCGCCGAGUAGGAAAGUCGUCAUCAGACCACUUGCGAGGGAGCCACGGAUUGAGGCUGAAUCUAUGCGUGACUUUGCCGAUUUCAUUCGAUCGACUGGACCCUCACCUGGACAAGAAAAGCCCGUGCAGCCUUUUGUCGCCAUCAGUGGCAACGGUACACACUCUGCUGGUGCUUCGUCGCCCUCGCUUACGCGGAACUCGUCAACGAAACAGUCGAACCGCAAUGCCGACGCACUAUCCACGAGAUCGCGGGUCAAUAUGGAGCCACGCAGUCCAGCGGGCCUCAGCACUGGCAACAACGAACUAAUCGAUUUCAUCCGCCAGGGACCACCUGACGAUGGUCACCCCAGAAUCAAUCGAUCCAUUGCACCGUUUCGGACCACGAUCGACUCUGACCAAUUUGAUGGUAUGCUGGGUAACCACGGCAGCGUCGAAGCCGCAUACGGCUCCAAAGCCUCAACCCUCAAUUCCAAGCAUUCCACGCAAACCGUCAAUUCUCGAACCGGCCUUCUUCCAGCGCCCAACGUUGUGCAACCAGCCUACUCCAACACCCCACAAAUGUUGACUGGUAACAUGGCAUCAAGUUCCGAGCCUCACGUAACACGGACUCGCCGACGUGUAAAGGACCCCUAUGCAAUCGACAUCUCGGACGAGGAGGAUGACGAUGACGACGAAGUCGAAGACCAGCUGACUGCACUCCCUCCUUCCAACCAGCCCAAACAGGAGAGCCUGAUGGAUUUCCUAAGCGGCAUGGAUCCACCUAGCACCAGCAAACCUCAACCCUUCAUGCUCAGUCAAGAGGCCAUAGCCGCAGCCAAAGCCCGCGCGAACAGCUCCUCCAACUCAUCAGUCUCGUCGUCUGCGACUGCAAUCCCUGACGCAACUCGCGGCCACCAACCCUCUCGUGUACAGACGCGUGCCCCCGCGAUCGUAGAUACGCGUGCGAGAAACACUGCAACGAGUGAUCUUGCUGAUUUCCUGAGGAACUCUGGUCCGGCAGAACUUCCGGCGUCGGCGAAGAAGGAUGUGCCCGCAGAACCGGAGAAGAAGAGAAGGUUCUGGAGGAGCAAGAAGACGACUAAUUCCGACACGUGAUGAUCGUUUUCUUUUCCACUUUUGGGUUUCUUGAUGAAUGAGGAUAUGGUUGACAUGGCUGGCGUCUUGGAUUGGUGGCCAAGAUCUUACUUUCUCUCUCCCUUUUGCUUAUGCUUCUUGUUAUUGUUCUUCUUCUUCUUUACCCCUUCUUGUACUUUUUGCAUCUCUUCUAUUUGGAGUCGGGAAAAGCUACUGCGGCUUUGGAUGAAGGAACCCUCCUUCUGGUUUGUGGAUAUUUCGAUGGAACCUUUUAUGUAUUUUUCUCAUACCCAUUUUGGAUACCUGCGUUCCCCUUUCAUCAUUGACUAAUGGGUUUUGUUCUUUGAUGAUAGCUUGAUUCGUUUUCCUGCUUUGGUCCUUGCGUUGAGUUUUGCCGACGUGUUGAUUUGACGAGUAAGUAGAAAUCCAAAUGCGCAGGCUAUGUCGUACG